CCUUGGUCGGAUAUAAUUCUGAAAAGCACCCAAAUGACCACUCCGAAAGGGUCCGCCUUCCGCUCGCGCGUGGGGACGGUCAUGCGUCGCUCGGAGUUCAGUAUACCUGAUCUCGCUGGUCCUGCGACACCCCCCGGACGCAUGUCACGCAAGCCGUCUUUGUCGUCCCUCGGUCGGCCCGGGUCUUCUGCGUCGAGUCAUGGGUCACUCCACCCUCACGGACGGGAUGACGCGAAGAGCAUUUACACGUUCAGCAGUAGUUCGAGCGGGAAACCAGACGAUCCCAAACCGGCAGUGCAACCACAACCAGAGACAGUGAUCCCAGCACAAGCCGUUACAGCUGUAUCUCCCACUGAAAUCAUCCAUGGAGCCGAGUGAGUGGUCAAGUAUAUGUUUAUCACCACUUUUCCGGGGUCCUCCGCGGCCGACCCACCAGUCGUCGCACAACCCACACCUCAAUUGGCACAACCAGCACGAUUUGACGUCAACAAUUCGGCUCGAAGUAACUACGAUUAUGGUUCCGUGAAACAAUUUUACUCAAAUGGCGGGUGGUACAAAUAUGUGCUGCCACAUGGGAUACAGUAUUUCGGAAACCCCGAAAAACGCGCUACAACAGAUUUGGAUCUGAGGAGUCAUGCAAGGUUUGAGGAAGUAGAGAGGGUCAUGGAAAAUGCGAUGAAAAACGUGGCUGAGCGACAAGUCCCAGGGGGGUGUGAGAUGUGGAUUCGUCACAAGGAGUCUGGAUGGAGUAAGAAGAAAGGUGUAUCCAUGGGAGACUUGGUGGUAUUGUGGGUAGAUCAUAGAUAUAGGCGGAUUCUGAAUGACGUGCCCACUGAUGAUGGGACAGUGUCUGGAGAGGACGAUCGUGUAUUAAUAGGCGACGAAUAUGGGUACUGGUCCUAUGUCGAGAUGCAUCCCGCCCACGUCGUUCUCUCGCAACGAUCCAGGCAGGAGGCUGCAGAUGCGUUGCAAUGGUCCUAUGUGGAUCGACUGCUUGUCCAUCCCCAACCGAUCCAACCACCUUUUAGUCAGGAGGAGUGUCAGGAACUCUCGAAACUGCUCAAUGAUCCGAGUCAACAAUCCACUCUCUUAUACACCCGUAUAGUCGUGCGCAUCCUUUUACGUGCUGCCCACUGGCGUCAAGUCAACUUCGGACCACACAAACCGCUCUCGCGAGAUAUGCAGGCCCCGAUGCUGCGCACCGCGAUCGAGGUACUAAUCGGCAUACUGUGCCUGGGCAUCCCGUUCUUGUUCGUGGAUAGAGCAAGAUAUAGUGGACAUUUCGAUGUGGAGAGGAAUUCCAGCGCGCAGAGUAGUGUGCCGUUGUUUGUUGUCGGUACUUGUUCCUGUUUCGUGUCUGCGCAAAUCAUCCUGAGUGCCUCCAUCACGCUUAUCUCGAUCCCGGGGCUGGAUAGUAUCGCACGCAUCGGAAGUCUGGUUGCUAUUUUAUGCUCCGUUCUAAGUAUGGUCACAUCUCUCCUGUCUAUCUUUCGGUACAGAGUAGAGAUGGCGGAGGGUUCUGCGACCCUUCACCAUACCGGUGCUGCUGCCCGUGAAGGAUUCGUGUUUCUUCCGCGCCGAAGCAUUAAGCACUCCCUUCCACUAGUUUUUCUCGCGUAUUCUGUAGUAGGGCUCAUCGCCGGUGUCGUCGUCUACUUUUCUUGAACCGCAACUAUCAACUUCGUGCAUGCUG